AUGGUGGCUCGGAGUAAGGGCUGCGCGCGCUGUGUGCAGCGUCGAGUCAAGAAUGUCCCUGGAUGUCGGAGAUGCGACACGUACGGGAAACCCUGUCCUGGCUAUGACCGGGGCUUCAAGUUUGUCGCAGGGAAGCCGUUUCGCUCCCGGCGUCUGAAGUCGAGCAAUGGGGAAUCGAAUGAGAAGAGUAGGGAUGUCGGAGGUACGGCCGCUGAAGGUGAUGCUUCGGCGCAGGCAUUGGCCUGGCCACCGUCUGUGAAUUGCGCCCAUCUCAAUGUCGUGCGCAGUCUUGACACGCUGGUUCUCGAGCUAUCAAAACCGUUUCCAGAAACGUCAGCGCAUAUCAUCUCGCAUUGGUUCAGGUUCCUUCCUGCCGUCUAUGGACGGAAUAGAACGCUGGAUCUGACCAUCCAAUCGUUUGCAGCGCAUCAUAUUGGCAGGAUGGGUGAUAACAUGGCCGCAGUGCAGUACGCCAAGUCUGCGUAUGGACAGGCACUGUGCAUGCUACGGGCCUCUCUGGACAACUCUAAUGAGUGUCUUUCCUCUGAAGUGUUUUGCGCAGUUCUGUUACUCUGCCUAUAUGAGCUCUUUACAAAUACCAAUGAAGCAGAUGCCUGGAUGAAACAUGCCCAAGCAUUGAGCCAGCUAGUACAGAUUAGAGGGCCACGCUACUAUCGGAACGCCUUUGAUCAAGCUUUGCUCAAAGCCUCUCGCGGAAUGAUGGUCAUGCACUCUCUCUUCUCCGGCCAGAGCUGCUUCUUAGCCUCGAGUGAAUGGCAUUCUGUGAUGGGACAACAGUUCAACACGGGCUUCUCGGCAGAAGUUGAUCGUUUGGUAGAGCAGUUUUUUGCAUACUUUACCUUUGCGCCAAGUCUGAUACAUGAGCUCUACGAUCUCAAAGAGGGAGACCAUACCAGCCCGAGCACGACUGCACGAGUGUCCAACCUGCUGACCCGAACACUCGACAUGCAGGACAAGCUGAUUGCAUGGUAUGAUCAAUUUGCCCGCGUUGUGCCUGUUCCUUAUGAGGUUCUUUCGCCAUCAAAUGAUUAUCUCUACCCAGUCGUCUUGUGGUAUUCGGACGAGAAUGCGGCAACGUUGUUCUGCAGCUACUACUCCUACAUGCUUGUCCUGUGCGAGAUACUGAGGCUUUGCGGCUACCCGGGCGAGCACGCGGCUAUGCUUGUUUACUUUCGCGACCAGAUUUGCAAAUCGGUUGAAUUCAAUACCCGGGGCCUUUUAGGUCCCUAUCGCAUGGCCUUUGCCUUGAGAGUAGCUUAUGAAGUUCCGGAUCCUACAACGAAGCUUUGGAUUGAAGGCUGUUUGCAAAGGCUUUCAAAGGUUUAUGCUGCAGUACACCCGCAGAAUUUUGGGUGA